UUCACUCCACUGUUUAACUCGGGUGAAGUCACUCAAAGUUACAGCAAAAAUUGUGGGUGCCAGGAACAAAGAAGAGGGCAUCAUUUUAGGCAGUGUGGCGCAUUCCUCUGUACGGGACUCUAUAAUACCACAGACUCUAUAUAAUACCACAGACUCUAGUGGCUACCAUUUGGGUGGUAGCAAGGAAUGAUUCAGUAAAAGGCAGAGGUGGAUUAGGUUAUCGGACGGGCGAAAUCUUGAACAACUCGAGGUUUCUUAAUUAUUAUGGCGGAGUCAUCAAUUAAACGAACAAAGUAGUAAUAAUCAUUCCAUAGGGAUAUAAGUAAACUGCUUGGUGCUUCGAUUGGUUCGAAAAUGGUUUUUCUGUUAUGAUCGUUCAAAAACAGCUUCGACAACACGUAUAAUAUCGCAGUCAAUGGCUAAAUCAGACAUGUUUUGUGUGGACAAAAACAAUGCCAAUCACGAUCCGUACGUGUUCACUCUUUCCAGCAGAUACAAGGAACUGGCCAAAAAAGAACUCAUGGAAGACGAGGAAACCCGACAACAAUCGUUGGCCCACCUUCGGGAAUGGAUCGGCAAACAUCCAUACAUCCAAAAAUGUCGAACGGAUGCAGUGUUUCUGUUGAGAUUCUUGAGAUUUCGAAAGUUUUCCGUACCACAGGCUCAAGCAGCACUUGAACGGUACCUAGCCAUGAGGCAGACCUUCCCCGAAUGGUUCCAAAAGUUGGACACAAAGGAUACGCUAGUACAGGGAACGAUCGACGAUGAAGUAUUUACCGUUUUAGGCCGGGAUGGGGAAGGUCGCACGGUGGUUUGGAUACGAUUCGGACGGUUCAAUGUGGAAAAGUUGAGUCCGAUAGCGAUUUUCCGCUACACUAUGAUGUUUCUGGAAACGCUGAUGGAUGAUGAGGAGGUACAAAUCGGAGGCUAUCGGGUUUGGGUAGAUUACACUGAGAGCACGGUGAAGCACUAUGGUAUGUGGGGGGUUAGUGAUAUGAAGAUGCUGAUGGAUGCCGUGAAUCGGUCGAUGCCGAUGCGAAUUCGAGAAAUUUCCGGGGCUAAGCUGCCAAAAUUCGCGAUUGUGGUUGCUAAUCUGCUGCUCUCAUUUGCCUCCAAGAAGUUGAAGGAGAGAGUAACCUGUCACUCUACAGUGCUGGAAUCAAAAAAAAAUUUUGACGAAUCUCUAUGGCCGCAGCAAUAUGGAGGGUUGAAAAAUUCAGCCGAUUUGGCACACAGUUUGCGGAAACAGUUUUCAGAAAAACGUGACGCUAUUCUAGCUUUGGAUGACAUGGAGAUUGAGAUUGAACACUAUUCGUCCAUGUGGAAUCAGACCAGCGUUAAUGACAACAGUGGAGACAUUGACGGCGGUAUUGCCGGAUGUUUCAGGAAGCUCAAUGUGGACUAGAGUAUCUUAGUUUGGCGCCGGUUCUAUUAAAAUAUUUUGUUGUUUUGAUUUUCGGUAAACGGUUUAGAUUAUAUACAAUGUAAGUUUUUGAUUUGUUUAUUAAAAGCCUAUUGCUACUGUAGGAAUAAAUAAGGAAUGGUGAUAUUGAAAUCAAAAUAUAGUAGGUUUGGAUCAUUUGGUCAAAUCAUUUGUCGACGGAAUUGUUUCGACUAAAAAUAGUAGCUUAGCUAGGAAUCUACAAAAUAUAGUGGUUAUAUACAAUGCAAGAAGGUACAAAAGGUUAAUGUUACUUGAGAAAAUAAAUAUAAUUUCCUAGAAAGUUCAGCAUCGACAAAUCAAGUAGGUAAUGUAAGAGAGCCUGGAGUUAGUUGGCGGUUAGGGCCGAGUUCCCUUUCCGACCAUAUGUCUCUUUUUGUGUACAUCAAGUAAUGUGAAAUACAUGUUCCAAUAUUUUUAUGAUGCAUAACAUUUUAUUUUGUGGAAUUAUAUUUAAAUUUUCUUUCAAAAAAAUUUUAAGUUGUGGAAAUACGCUUAUUUCCUAAGUUAUUCAGGUUUCUCCGUUUACUAUCAAACGCUCUCUAUAAUAAAUAAAAGAAGAAAAGUUUUAGAUAUAACUGCAGGAACACAGUGCAUCAAUUCAUGGCUGAGAUACCAAACCUGUAGUAUGGACCUCCCAAGUAACAAUUUUAGUGUUAUUAAAAUCUAUUAGCGGUUUUUGAGAUUUUUUUUGUAUAACCAGCAUUAAAGCUUUCAACUACCUGAAAACAUUCUAAUCACCGCUUUAAGAUUACAUUCCAGCUAGUUGGUCCAAUCUACAUUAAGUUUUUAAAGCUUGUUUAAGAAUGCACAAAAAACUGUUAUAAAACUCUUCUGAAGCAGCAUACAUAUUACCGAAAAUGGUUUUAAAACCGCUUAGCAUUACAUUUGUUUAGAAUUAUGCAUCUCGUUUAAAAUAAGCUUUAAAUCUUGUCUUAUUUAUCAUUGCUUUUGAAGGCAGCCUAAAUGUAAACAAAUAAUAUAAACAUCGUCUUUGUAUCGGAUCUAUUCGUGAAAAGAAAUAAUCUGAGUGUGCGUGUAAUUUUAAUAGUCAGAUAAGUGAAAUCUAAUAUUAAAUUUGUAACUUUCCCAGUCAUGCAGAACAUACGGUUCAAAUUUUAUCGUGAAUAUAGCAAUCAAAAUGAGAAUCGCAUACCAUCGCUUUCAUUAUAAUGCUGUUUUAGCAAAAAAAAAGUACGCAAAGCUAAAUAACUUUAAAAUAACUAAUUCAUCACAAUUUGUAUACCAAUUAAUUUCGCCAUGUUCUACAAUCAUUUCUAGUGUUUAGCUAACAGUAUAAAGUAGGUACUUAUUCUAAAUUUUCUCAUUUUGAAAAUUUUCAAUGACUUGUAUUUCAUAAAAAGUUUUUACAAAUGGCGACUCAGUGGCAAUCAUAAUAAUGGCCUCCAGCGAAUUAUUCUUCACCCGUAAAGCCAUAUUGCCUAUCAAAUUGCUCACUAUAAAUGCGUUAUAAAACUGCGAGUAUUUAUAACUUCAACGGUGGAGGCUUGAUACUCUUAUAAGUAGGGUACGCAGUACCGACCCUUUUUAGCGAGAACCGGUACUACGGUACUGAAGCCCUCAGUACCGGUAAAGUACCGGUACUCGAAUAUUUAAAAAAAAAAUCGAAAAAAGCUUUAAACUGAAAUUGAAUGCUCAAACUGAUGAUUUUAUUCUCAGAUGAUUGAUUUGUGCUGAUCAAAAAACAUGUUUAUUGUUUUUAAUUGCUUCGGAAUGGCAAGACUUAUUUCACAGAAGAUAUUUUUCAUAUAGGGCACCUUCUUUAAUUUCGAAAUCUAGGCCACUUUGAAAUCAAUAACUGCUAAGUGGUGCGACUUUCGUCGAUUUGAACAGAUGGUAAAUGUAUGAAACCCUAUUAACAACAGUAAAUCAAAGCGAGAAUGGCAGUAAAUCCGAGUAGGUUAAUCGGAUUUCCUCUCUUGCUUUUCUGAAAAUUGGUUCCGACCUUUAUGUCGUUUGACCACUAUUCUCUAAUGCAUAUCAAAGCUCCUUGUUUUCCUGUAAAUUAUGGAGUUUUUCUGAAUUUUCCGCUUACCAAUAACUACAAAUCGCCCCAUUUGAAGCAGUUCACCAAGUCUAAACGCUGUUCGUUCUUUUAUAGAUAAUGGUUUAAGAGCAAACCAAAUACAGACAUGACUUAGAUCGUAGUCUUAUUACGCGCCACCCAGUGAAUAAUGGAAACCAAUCGGAAUGUCGCUAAUAAAACUUUAACUUCUAGAAUUAUUAUGAUGAUAGCCCUACCUCAUUCCCACACAAAGUUGUUAUCUCAACGAUUUAUCUAGAAGGCAAAUUAAUAUAAUUAAACGUUAUCUUGCAUACCGAUAUUUUGAAACAGAUCCCCCUGCAGAGUUAACAUAUUUGUCAUGAAAAAUUGUAUAGUACCGAAAAUACCGGUACUGGCUUUUGUUCAGUACCGGUAUUACGGUACCAAAAAUGGAUCGGUAUUCCCAGGAUUUCCGGUACCGGUAUUACCGGUACCACAACCCUACUUAUAAGAGUUUUGAAGACGCUUUUCGUAGACUAUAUUUUUUAUUGAGAAUGUUUUUAAAACUAUUAUAAUUUCU